UUUCGACUUCACUUCACUGCAUAUUCUAAAGCACAGUCGCUCUCGCUCUCCUCUAGCCCACGCCACCGGCGACCAAUGCUGCCGUACGCGACGAUCGAGGAGGCGGAGUCCGCCGUCGGCCGGGGCCUGACGCUGGCGGAGACGCUGUGGUUCAGGUACUCGGCGGCGAAGUCGGACUAUUUCCUCUACUGCCACAACAUUCUCUUCCUCUUCCUCGUCUUCAACCUCGUCCCGAUCCCCCUGGCCUUCGCGGAGCUCACGCGCUCCCUCGGCCUUGACCAGUACAAGAUCCAGCCCAAGGUCAGGCUCUCGCUCGCCGAGAUGUGGAAGUGUUACAAGGACGUCAAUCGCAUGUUCUUCCUCGUCGUCGGCCCCUUGCAACUCGUCUCCUAUCCUUCCGUCAAGAUGAUUGGCAUUCGGACAGGAUUGCCAUUGCCCUCGAGAUGGGAGAUUGUGUCACAGUUGGUGGUGUAUUUCCUCGUGGAGGAUUAUACGAAUUACUGGAUCCACAGGUUCCUGCACAGCAAAUGGGGAUACGAGAAGAUCCAUUCCGUUCACCACGAAUUCGCGGCUCCCAUCGGCUAUGCUGCGCCUUAUGCUCACUGGGCGGAGGUUCUGAUCCUCGGAAUCCCAUCUUUUCUCGGGCCGGCUUUGGCUCCUGGCCACAUGGUCACCUUUUGGCUGUGGAUAGCUUUACGGCAGAUAGAGGCCAUUGAGACUCACAGCGGAUAUGACUUACCAUGGACUCCAACCAAGUACAUUCCAUUUUAUGGAGGUGCAGAGUACCAUGAUUACCAUCAUUAUGUCGGAGGACAAAGCCAGAGCAACUUUGCAUCUGUCUUUACUUAUUGCGACUUCAUCUAUGGAACUGACAAGGGCUAUCAGUAUCAUAAGAAGGUUCUUGGUAAGUUGAAAGGCAUGAAUGGAGGCACUGGCACUGGGCUAAGUGGAGGAAAAAGUGAUCCCUCUUGUGACGAAGUGAAGAAUGAUUAGCUGCGGCUGUGCACGGGGCUUCUCCAGAUAGUUGUAGCACUGCUAGCGACAGAUCUCGGAAGCCUUUUGACUCUUAAGCUGACAUCGCUGCUCUAGAGCGUGGUAGUAGUACUAGUAAAAUUUAUAGAUGAAGGCUAGGAGAUGGCGCUGGAGAGGGUUUCGAGUUAUGGCAUUAGAUUGUGGUAAUUGUCAAUGUAGAUUGCUGUUCUUUCGACGUUUGUUUGUUUCGGGAGUCUCUCUUUGCCGCUGAAACUAGAACGCUCCUAAUAUCAUUUGCCUCAACCACCAUUUGUACAACCAUUCAGUUCAUGUUUGCUGUAUCUCCUUGUGCAAUGUUCAGUCGGUUAACAGUUUGAUGCUUC